AUGCUAAACCGCCUCCAUGGCCAACCCGAGAGCUAUGAGAAAAAAGCAAAAUACAGGUUCGGACGAACUCUCGGUGCAGGCACUUAUGGUGUCGUGCGCGAGGCCGAUGGCCCUACCGGCAAGGUUGCCAUCAAGAUCAUUCUGAAAAAGAACGUCAAAGGCAACGAGCAGAUGGUGUAUGACGAGCUGAACCUCCUUCAGCGAUUACAGCAUCCUCACAUCGUCAAGUUUGUUGACUGGUUCGAAUCGAGAGAUAAGUUCUACAUUGUCACUCAACUCGCCACCGGUGGAGAGUUGUUCGAUCGAAUCUGCGACCAGGGAAAAUUCACCGAAAAGGAUGCUUCUCAAACAAUUAAGCAGGUGCUAGGCGCUGUCACCUAUCUUCAUCAGAACAACGUAGUUCACCGAGAUCUAAAGCCGGAAAACCUCAUCUACGUUACACAGGACGCAGACUCCGAUCUGGUGCUGGCCGAUUUUGGUAUUGCCAAAACACUCGACAGCAAAGACGAGACUUUGAAGACGAUGGCUGGCUCCUUCGGUUAUGCAGCUCCCGAGGUGAUGGCUAAGCAAGGCCACGGAAAGCCUGUGGAUAUGUGGUCUCUCGGUGUCAUCACUUACACCCUGCUCUGCGGCUACUCUCCUUUCCGCAGUGAGAACCUUCAAGAUCUACUCGAGGAGUGCACCAGGGGGUCCGUCAUCUUCCACGAAAGGUACUGGAAGGAUGUCAGUGCAGACGCCAAAGAUUUUAUCAACUCUCUCAUUGUGCCCGACCCCAACAGCAGAUGGACGGCUGAGCAAGCACUUGGACAUAUCUGGCUCAGUGGUAAGAACGCCACCGACCACGAUUUGCUGCCCGAAUUGCGCAAGGCUCGCGAAGCACGCGCAAAACUCAAGCACGCCAUCUUGGCCGUCAGCCUCCGAAAACGAAUUGCCGAACUCCAGGAUGCCGAGUCAGACUCUGACAGCGAUGAGAUGGCAGCUGCCAAGGAUGCUAUUCCUGGACAACCUGCCCCUUCUAAAACGAGCGUGUUGCGAGAAAAGGUUAAGGAUGGCUCAUUGUUUCGAUCAGUGGCCCUGGCUGCGAUAGCGGAUCAUGCAGCCAAGAAAGAGGCCGAAAUCACAGAUGAAGAGCUUGCCAAGCAGGCCAAGAGGAAGAGUUUCAAUGAUGAAGCCUGA